AUGGACCUUCCCAAUUCAGAUCGGGUUUUAUCUAAGUCAUUCUCAUGCUUAACUACCGUCAUUCUUCUGUUAGGGAGUGUCCUCGCUUUGAUAGAAGCUGGCAAUGAAGAGACUGAUCGGCUCACUUUACUGGAAUUCAAGGCCCAAAUAGCAGAUCCUGGUAGGGUUUUGAGCUCAUGGAAUGAUACUAGCCACUUCUGCGAGUGGUACGGAGUCACAUGUGGUCGUAGACAUCGACGAGUCACUGUGUUAGAUCUCAGCUCUGAAAACCUGGCCGGGUUUGUGCCACCCCAUAUUGGUAACCUGAGUUUUCUAAGGGAAGUAUAUCUGGAUAACAACAGUUUCCACUCCGAAAUUGCCCCACAACUCAGCCGCUUGUUACGGCUGCGGAUAUUGUUUCUUAAUAACAACUUAUUCGGCGGGCAAAUCCCUUCGAAUCUCUCACAUUGCUCUAAUUUGCUUGUUCUUAACUUAGGUAUCAACAGGCUUGAAGGAAAUUUGCCUACGGAACUGGACUCCUUGUCCAAGCUCCAAAUCGUUGUAUUUCAAGUCAAUAGCUUGACGGGAAACAUUCCACCGUCGUUUGGAAACUUAUCCUCUCUGCAAGUCCUUCUAACAUCGGAUAAUAACCUUGGUGGUAUGAUCCCGGAGACUCUUGGUUGGCUGAGAAAUCUAAACAUCCUCACUCUCGCAAGGAAUAAAUUUGUCGGUAUGAUCCCUUUCUCAAUCUUCAAUAUAUCCACUGUGACAAUGCUAGAUACAGCCGGGAACCGAUUAGAGGGGGGCUUACCCAGUGACUUAGGCUUCACUCUUCCAAAUCUUGAGAGGAUCAGUUUGAGUGACAACCACCUCAGUGGACCCAUUCCUGAGUCAAUAUCCAACGCCUCUAAUCUCAGUGAAAUCCAAAUCGGGCCCAACAACUUUACUGGGAAAGUUCCUUCUUUAUCAAAGAUGGGAGGACUCUAUAGGCUUCACAUUGGCAUGAACAACUUAGGAAGUGGGCAAUCUGCUGAUCUUGACUUCCUCUGCUCUUUAACCAAUUCCACAAACUUAUAUUCAUUGAAUAUGGGGGACAAUGCUUUUGGAGGAUCAAUACCCGACUGUAUCGGUGCAUUGCCUACGGGAGGAGUUUUCAAAAGUGCCAUUUCAACUUCGGUUGUUGGAAACAAGAAGCUUUGCGGGGGUCUACCAAAUUUUCAACUACCAAAAUGCAACUACAAAGAGUCAAAACGGAUGAGAAUAAGCAAAUUUGCAAAAGUUCUAAUAUCCACAGUCUCUACUCUUGUAGGAGUGGUUUGCAUGCUCUCUUUGUUAUACUUCUUCUGGUAUAAACACAAUAACAAUGCAUCAACUUCCAACUAUUCCGAAGAUGGGCUUUUCCAUGUUUCUUAUCACAGUCUAUUGAAAGCAACUAGUGGAUUCUCCUCCACAAAUCUGCUCGGCAUGGGCAGUUUUGGAUCUGUUUACAGAGGGCUUCUUGAUCAAACUCAGUUGAUCGUGGCCAUCAAGAUUCUUGACCUUACACGUCAUGGAGCUUCCAAGAGCUUCAUAGCCGAGUGCGAGGCUUUGAGAAGAAUCCGACACCGUAAUCUUGUGAAGGUACUCACGGCAUGUUCUGGGUUUGACUCUAAUGGAAAUGAUUUCAAGGCACUAGUCUAUGAAUUCAUGUCGAAUGGUAGCUUGGAUGAAUGGUUGCACCCAACUGCAUCGCAACAUAGAGCGAGAACCAAGUUGAGUCUACUUCAAAGAGUGAAUAUUGCUAUUGAUGUUGCUUGUGCACAAGAUUAUCUCCAUCAUCGCUAUGAAACGCCAAUAGUUCAUUGUGAUCUAAAGCCAAGUAACGUCCUUCUUGACGAUGAAAUGACUGGACAUGUGGGCGAUUUCGGGCUUGCCAGGUUCCUCCCAGAAGCAACACAUAAGUUACUGGUUCAUCAAUCGAGCUCUAUUGGAGUAAAAGGAUCUUUUGGCUAUGUAGCUCCAGAGUACGGCUCAGGAAGUGCGAUAUCAAUAGAAGGAGAUGUGUAUAGCUUCGGAGUCCUCGUUUUGGAGAUGUUCACGGGCAAGAGGCCAACCAAUGACAUGUUUGAAAAUGGGUUGAACCUUCAUCACUUUGCAAAGGCAUCUCUGGCAGACCAAGUGGAAAAGGUAAUCGAUCCCAUUCUGCUUCAAGAAAAUCAGGAGUCAGAGAAGAGACGAACCGUUGCUCCUGAUGGCAAGAACAAAAGCUGGUUUACUACUUUGGAGUGUUUGGUUUCGAUCAUCAAAAUAGGAGUCACUUGCUCUUCUGAAUAUCCAAAGGAACGAAUGGACAUGGGCGAUGCAUCGACAAAACUCCAAGGAAUCAGGAAGAAACUUGUUGAGUUCAUUGUCAUAGCCUAG